AUGCAGAACGGGGAGACUAUGAGUCCGCAGGACUCCAAGGCAGCAGGGUCUGAAGCCAUGGGGGACCAGAAAGCCCAGAACCACAGCCGGACCGAGGGGUGCAUGGAGCCCACAGCGCCUCCGCUUCCUCCACCUUCACCACCACCACCAGGGCCGCCAGAAUACCCGAGACCGAGGCUCAUCUUUCACACUCAGCUGGCCCACGGAAGUCCCACAGGCCGCAUUCAUGGAUUUACUAAUGUCAAGGAGCUGUAUGCCAAGAUUGCAGAAGUGUUCAACAUCUCACCUUCAGAGAUCCUGUUCUGCACCCUCAACUCUCAUAAAGUGGACAUGCAGAAACUACUGGGGGGACAGAUCGGACUGGAGGACUUCAUCUUUGCUCACGUCAGAGGAGAAACCAAGGAGGUGGAGGUGACAAAGACAGAAGACGCACUGGGCCUCACUAUCACAGACAACGGAGCUGGAUACGCUUUCAUUAAGAGGAUAAAAGAGGGCAGUACUAUAGACCAACUUAAGAGCGUGUGUGUCGGAGACCACAUCGAGGCCAUUAAUGACCAGAGCAUUGUGGGCUGUCGACACUACGAGGUGGCCAAGAUGUUGAAAGAGCAACCGAGAGGUAUCCCCUUCACUCUUCGCCUGGUCGGGCCCAAGAAGGCAUUUGACAUGAUUGGAAUGAGGACCAGAGCACCAAAAUCAAACGAGGGCAAGAUGGUGAAUGGAAGAGAGACGCUGCGUCUUCGCUCUAAGGGAGCUGCUACAGUCCAGGAAGUGCAAAAUGAGUUUGAGGAACAGGCUACCAAGAAAGUGGAUGACCUGCUGGAGAGCUACAUGGGCAUCAGAGACCUGGAGCUGGGUAAGACCAUUGUCGAGUCUGUGUAUGCUGAACAGAAAAGUCCACUUCGAGAAGAUUUUUCAAUUUCAGAGUUUACUUAUAUGCAAACUUGUAUACGUCCAUUUGGUGUAUGA